AUGGAAGACUCUAAUCAAACUGUGGUUUCUGAGUUUAUUUUUCAGGGACUGUGUACCUCAAGGCAACUUGAGAUCUUUCUCUUAUUACCAUUUUCUGUCCUCUAUCUGGUGACUUUGGUAGGAAACCUCUUUGUAGUGAUAUUGAUCAUCAUUGAUCAUCAUCUCCAUUCUCCCAUGUACUUCCUGUUAGCUAAUCUAUCAUUUGUUGACUUCUGCCUUUCCUCAGUAAAUACACCCAAACUGACCAUAGAUCUCCUAAAAGAAAAUAAAACCAUUUCCUUUGGCGGCUGCAUGAGCCAGAUCCUCUGUGUGCAUUUCUUUGGAGGAAGUGAGAUGGUGCUUCUUGUAACAAUGGCCUAUGACCGGUAUGUGGCCAUCUGCAGGCCACUCCACUACAGCAGCAUCAUGGACAGACAGAAGUGCAUCUGGCUCGUUGUGAUAUCAUGGAUUGUUGGAUUUGUGCAUGCCAUUAGUCAGUUGCUCUUGAUUUUGGAUCUACCAUUCUGUGGACCUAGAGUGAUAGACAGCUUUUUCUGUGAUAUUCCUUUGGUGAUGAAAUUAGCCUGCAUGAAUACUGAUACUCUGGAAAUCCUAAUAAAUGCUGACAGUGGCAUUUUAGCAACUUCUUGUUUCACUCUCUUACUGAUAUCUUAUACUUAUAUUCUAUUAACUGUUCAACAUCGCUCUAAAGAUGGCUCAUCAAAAGCACUAUCCACAUGCACAUCCCAUAUCAUAGUGGUUCUGCUGUUCUUUGGGCCCAUCAUUUUUAUCUAUCUGUGGCCAGUAAACAUCACUUGGGUGGACAAGUUUCUUGCUGUGUUUUAUACAGUCAUCACACCUCUCCUGAAUCCAGCAAUCUAUACACUGAGAAAUAAAGAUAUUAAAAAUGCUAUAAAGAAACUGACAAAUCACAUGUGA